UAUAUAUAUAAAUAACAAUGAAUAUUGUUUGAAGAUAUACACUUCAAAUUAACACUAUAAUUUGUAAAAAAAUAUGGAGAUUAAACGACAAUGGACGAUGUUGGAUCACUUUGUCUACCUUCUUCCUUUAAUGUCAAUUGUCGUUUUCAGUGGUUCAGCUGCUCUAGCUGAAGAAGAGACCUUAAACACAUACAUUGUUCACGUCAAAAAGCCACAACACUACGAUCUAUUUGAUCAUUCAACUAAGGAUUUGAACACUUGGUACGACUCAUUUUUACCAUCUACAACUACUACUACUACAACCUCAAGCUCAAACCAGCACACACGUUUGGUUCACACAUACCAUAAUGUUGCCACCGGGUUCGCAGCUAGAUUGACGGCUGAGGAGGCCAAAGCCUUGGCAGCCAAAGACGACGUCCUUUCAGCUAAACCGCAACAAGUCUUUUCUUUACACACCACUCGUACUCCUACCUUUUUGGGACUUCGUCAAGGGUUAGGAUUGUGGAAAGAGUCCAAAUUAGGCCAAGGUGUCAUUGUAGGGGUUCUUGACACUGGAAUCUUCCCCAACCAUCCUUCCUUCAGCGACGAAGGAGUCCCACCUCCACCACCAAAAUGGAAAGGCACGUGCGAGUUUUCUAGCGGUGUGUGUAACAACAAACUGAUUGGUGCUAAGAAUUUUGUUACCGAUCCAAAAACAGGGGUCGUUGAAAGCCAGCCUCCUUUUGAUGAGGAAGGACAUGGAACUCACACAUCUAGUACAGCUACAGGGAACUUCGUCCCUGGAGCUAGUGUGUACGGAAAUGCCAAUGGCACAGCUGUUGGUAUAGCGCCAUACGCUCAUUUGGCGAUGUACAGAGUAUGCAGUGAAGCAGGUUGUGCAGAAUCUGACAUUUUGGCUGCGCUUGAUGCUGCUGUGGCUGAUGGCGUCGAUGUUCUUUCUCUCUCCCUUGGCGGUGGCUCAGCUCCUUUCUUUGCUGACUCUGUAGCUGUUGGUGCCUUCGCAGCCAUCCGAAAAGGUAUUUUUGUAAGCUGCUCGGCAGGGAACGAAGGUCCUGAUUACUUCACUCUCUCGAACGAAGCUCCUUGGAUUCUAACAGUCGGAGCUAGCACCAUAGACCGAAAAAUUAAAGCCAAUGUGAAGCUCGGAAAUGGAGAAGAACUCGAGGGAGAGUCUCUGUUCCAGCCAAAGGAUUUCGACCAAACAAAAUUGUUACCACUUGUCUACUCGGGAGCUAGUGGUAACGAGUCCGCUGCUUUUUGUGAUGUGGGCUCACUUCAAAGUGAAGUUGUAGCAGGAAAAAUUGUGGUUUGUGAAAGAGGUGGUGGCGUAGCGAGAAUCGACAAAGGUGUAGAAGUGAAGAGAGCUGGCGGCGCUGCCAUGAUUCUGUUGAACCAAAAGCCAGAUGGAUUCACUACUUUAGCUGACGCUCAUGUUCUUCCAGCUAGUAAUGUUGCCUUCGUCUCUUCAUUGAAGAUUAAAGCUUAUAUAAACUCAACAUUAUCACCAAUGGCUACAAUCUUGUUUAAAGGAACUGUGAUCGGAGAUUUGCAUGCUCCAUCAGUGUCUUCAUUCUCGUCGAGAGGCCCAAGUGGGGCCAGUCCUUCAAUCUUGAAACCAGACAUUGUAGGACCCGGUGUUAGUAUCCUAGCUGCAUGGCCGGUUUCGGUAGACAAUAGUUCAACCGUACCGUUUAACAUAAUUUCAGGUACUUCUAUGUCUUGCCCACAUCUCAGUGGUAUUGGAGCUUUGCUGAAGAGUUCUCACCCUGAUUGGUCUCCGGCCGCCAUUAAAUCUGCCAUUCUCACAACUGCCGACGUCAACAACAUCGGUGGAAAUCCCAUUUUGGACGAAACGGCUUCCUCAGCAGACAUUUUCGCCACCGGGGCAGGCCAUGUAAACCCCUCCAAGGCAAACAAUCCAGGUCUUAUAUAUGACAUUGCACCAGAAGAUUACAUACCCUAUCUUUGUGGAUUGAACUAUACAGACGAUCAAGUCUCUCUCAUCACCCAACAAGCAGUAAAAUGCUCUCAAGUGACAAGUAUACCAGAAUAUGAGCUGAACUAUCCCACCAUUUCCGUAAUUCUUAGCCAAUACCCUCUGAACUUUACAAGGAUCGUGACUAAUGUGGGUGAGCCUAACUCAACUUAUACUGUAGAGUAUGUUACACCGGCUGGAACUAAAAUUAGCAUCGACCCUCCAACACUUAGUUUCACAGAAGUGAACCAGAAGCUUGAAUAUUCUAUUAGUAUUUUCCCUGAAGACAAGCCUGGGAUCAUUGACAAGGGCUUUUCUCAAGGAUAUUUGAGAUGGGUUUCUGCUAAGUACUCUGUUAGAAGCCAAAUAUCUAUCAUAUUUGGGAUUUGAAUCUUUUUCUCUUUGUAGAAAACUAAGAAUAGAAUAACUGAGAAGCCCAUUAUAGGAGCUAGUCUAAUAGAGUCAUUACCUACCAUUUAUGUACUUAAGAUUUGGUUUUGACCAAAUAAGAAGUACCAGAAAUGUUUUAGCGUUUAUUUCUAUAAUU